GCAACCAGAAACGAACAUUAACAGUACCAAAUUUACGAAAUUGAUAGUUCAUUUAUACUUUUAACGAUUAAGUUUCUAUUUAAACCGAAAAAACUAUUUAUUUUUACAUAGCUUUUGAAGAAGUACAAUAUAUUAUUGGAAAUCAUUCGAAAAAAUAUUCGUUUUUUGUAUAAUGGGGAAAUUAAACUCUGUUCGUAGCCAACUACUGGGUUGCUUUGUGUAAUUAAAUAAAAAGUCAACAGAAUAAAGAAAUCGAUACAAUGUUGAAAUUACUGUGUACAGUAGCAUUACUUUUCGUAGCGGUGAAAGCCAACGAUGAAAAGACUAUUCCGUAUGCGUUUUUCGGAUCUAGAACUACUUACAAGACAGUUUCAUCAUUGCAUAUUGAUGUACCAGCUGGUUAUACACCACGUCAAAUUUUUAUGUUAACGAGGCAUGGCACGAGAAGCCCAAAGAUUGGUCUAUCUCAGGAUUUGCUACCAAAACUGAUAAAAUAUCAAACUAAAAUUACCGAAAGCGCUAAAAUGUGUGAAAAAGAUAUUAAAGCCAUAAAAAAUUGGGUAACUACCAUCGACAGUACUAAAAACAGACAAUUAAUACAAAAAGGCCGCGAUGAAAUGAAAGAACUGGCAAUAAGAGUUCGAGAAGCUUUUCCAAAUCUAUUCGAACGGCAAUACGACUCUAAAAUUUAUGAAGUUUUAACCUUGCCGUAUCGACGGUGUAAACUUUCGGGUCAAUCAUUUAUACAAAACGUUUUUAAAGAUGAAACUAUCCCCGAAAUUCCUAAAUGUGACUAUACGGAUAUCCUUUUAGUGUUAGACGGUAUGAUGGAAGCCGAUACAAAAUUUGAAGAGAUCCGAAAAUAUUAUCAAAAUCAAACAAAAGAGUUCGAGACAGGCACUCAUAUGACUGGCGUCGUGCAAAGAGUUGCGGCUAAAUUAGGUAUAGAUUCUAAAGAACUUGACCCUGAGACCAUAACCACCAUGUACGAGGUGAGUGCCUACGAAUAUGCUAUUGACGAAAGUAGGAUUCCGCCUUGGUACAACGUAUUCUGUCAAGAAGACCUUGAAAUUUUAGAGUACGCUUGGGACCUUUAUUGGUACUAUGUUAUUGGUUAUGGAAAUCCUCAUAACGCAAAACUAGCUUGCCCAAUGGCCAUACGUCUCGAAGAAAGGCUUAGAAAAAAAACGAAUGAAGAAGGACCAGAUGCUGUAUUCUACUUUGCAUGCGAGAAAAACAUAAUGACUAUGCUUUUCAUAUUAGGCUUAGGUGACGGUGACGCUCCAUUUACGGCAUCCAACUACAAAGGUAUGAAGGACCUUAACUGGAGAACUUCGUUUUACGGUCCAUGGGCUGCAAAUUUUAUGGCCGUACUUUUCGAAAAAGCUGAUAACGAUUAUGAAGUAGCAUUUUAUUUCAACGAAAAUUUAACUCCUAUAACUUUAAAAGAUGGUACAAAGUGUACAUACUGUCCGUGGUUGAAUAUUCAAGAAAAGUUAACAGCUUUUAUAACUGACAAUGACUGUGUUAGUUUCAUAGCCGAGUACAAUAACAAAACAGCCUGACUGUUUUGUUGUGAUCAGAUUGAAUUCAAUAACUAUUUUAUAUACUUUUAAGUAUUUACAAUGGUCUAUUAUAAACAAAUUAGAUUAAUGAUAAAAAUAAGGACCAUAAACAUUGUCAAAUUCCCAGAUAAGCCAUAAAAAUGUAUAAAGCAGAUGGUUUAUAGUUACCGCUGCGCGUUCUUUAUUUUACCACUCAGCAU